GCUCAGGAUUCUGUGACUACGCUGGAUGACGUCGGGUGAAUUGUUUAACUUGAUCGAAAUGGAAAUCUGCCCAAAUGUGUGACGUCUGUGCCUAACUAAAUUGCCUGUCUGUGUGUCGUACUUAAAUAUUACGAUUCUGCGACAAUUUUCGUGUUGUUUAUUUUCUCCAGAUUAUCGUUUCUAGUCAACCUGAACACUAACAAGGAUCUAUAAUCAUGUGAUGAUUAAAUAGUAAAAGUGUUGGUGUCUAUUGACGAUUGUCAUCCACUUCCUAUUUCCAGGAGGACGAUUUUGAAACUUCAGGGAGUGUGUAUUCAGACGUUGGAUUGACUGCCAUAUGUUUAAGUAGAAGACAUAUUUUUGCUCAAAAUGUCUUCGUUUGUUUGGAUUUGCAGGUGAUAUCUGGAAUCGCCAACGAAAUUCUUGAAAGACGGGAAGAAACUGAAACAAAAUAAAAUGUCAUCUGUGAAAGUAGCUGUGAGGGUGCGGCCCUUCAACAAUCGGGAGAUGUCCCGCGAUGCCAAACCAAUCAUAGAGAUGACCGGAAACACAACAACAAUCCAGAAUCCAAAAGCUGGAGCACACGAUCAGAAAGUGAAAAGCUUCAACUUUGACUAUUCCUACUGGUCACACACUGAUGCUGAUGAUCCUAAUUUCGCCUCGCAGAAAAAAGUCUAUGAAGAUAUCGGGAUUGAUAUGUUGGAACAUGCAUUUGAAGGCUACAAUGUUUGUAUAUUUGCCUACGGUCAAACAGGUUCGGGUAAAAGUUACACAAUGAUGGGGAAGGACUCGCCCGGACAAAAAGGAAUCAUUCCGCAGUUAUGUGAAGAUCUCUUUAAUAGAAUACAUGAGCAGACAAACAUUGAUACGUUAUUUUCUGUGGAAGUGAGCUAUAUGGAGAUUUACUGUGAGCGCGUACGUGAUUUGCUCAACCCAAAGAACAAAGGCAACCUGCGUGUGCGAGAACACCCACUUCUUGGACCGUAUGUUGAAGAUCUGUCAAAACUCGCCGUACAAUCUUUUAAUGACAUCAACGACUUGAUAGAUGCUGGGAACAAGGCCAGGACGGUGGCAGCCACCAAUAUGAAUGAGACAAGCAGUCGUUCCCAUGCUGUCUUUACGAUUGUCUUCACACAGAAGAAACACGACCAAGAAACAAACCUUUGCGGUGAAAAGGUCAGUAAAAUCAGUCUCGUCGAUCUGGCAGGAAGUGAGAGGGCCGACUCAACUGGAGCCAAGGGAACAAGACUAAAAGAGGGCGCAAACAUCAACAAGUCGUUGACGACUUUAGGCAAGGUCAUAUCGGCUCUUGCUGAAGUGUCCAAUAAUCGUACAAACACUUCGGCCAAGAAGCGGGGUAGUCGGAGAACUGACUUCAUACCAUAUCGGGACUCUGUGCUCACAUGGCUCCUCAGAGAGAACCUUGGUGGCAACUCAAAAACUGCCAUGGUGGCCGCCCUGAGUCCUGCAGACAUAAACUAUGACGAGACACUAAGCACGCUAAGAUACGCUGAUCGGGCCAAGCAGAUUGUCUGCAAGGCCGUCGUCAACGAGGAUCCAAAUGCUCGGCUUAUCCGAGAACUCAAGGCAGAGGUUGACAGGUUACGGGAGAUAUUGAAAAUGGAGGGGAUAGAAAUUGGAGAAGCGGAUUCGUGUGGGGAUAUAAGCAGCCAAGGUGAUAGUCAGUGUAAUAUACUACCAGGGGUUACUGUCCCUAUGUCCCAAACAAGACAAGACAGUUUCUCCGGUGUCCCGGAUGCGAGGGAGAUCGCACGAGCUCGGAAAGAGUCUGUCAAGAUCGAGGGAGGUGAAGAUGCCAUCGAGAGACUGAAAAUGUCGGAAAAGCUGAUAUCCGAAUUGAAUGAAACUUGGGAGGAGAAACUCCGGAAGACAGAGUCGAUCAGACAUGAGAGAGAACUGGCGUUGGCUGAAAUGGGGGUAGCCCUAAGGGAGGAUGGAAUCACUGUGGGCUUAUUUUCACCCAAGAAGACUCCGCACCUUGUGAAUCUGAACGAAGACCCAUUCAUGUCAGAGUGUCUCAUCUACUACAUCAAAGAGGGGAAAACCAGGUUGGUAUCAGAGAAUUGGAAAAAAGACAAAAAAUUGGUAAAAAGCUCUGAUACACGGCCAAGGGUCGGUGCGCCUUCAGCUGAUGAUGACUCCAAGGAGAUAAAGGAGAUUAAACUGAGUGGAUCUUAUAUCCAACCAGAACACUGCAUGUUUGAAAAUAAAGAGGGAGUGGUUACUCUCAUACCAUGUGAAGGUGCUAUGUGCUACGUGAACGGCCGAACAAUCACAGAACCUACAGAACUUAACGCCAGGGCGAGAGUCAUCCUUGGCAAGAACCAUGUGUUCAGGUUCAAUAACCCAGAACAAGCGAGGAAGAUGGGAGAGACGAAGAAGUCUCCAGCGGAAACCCCAACCAGUGGACAACCUGUGGACUGGUCAUUUGCACAGGUUGAGUUGCUGGAGAAACAGGGCAUAGAUCUGAGGAAGGAGAUGGAGACGCGAUUGGUGCAGAUUGAGGAACAAUACAGAAAGGAGAAAGAAGAGGCGGAUCAACUCUUUGAGCUACAAAGAAAGGAGUAUGAGAGUAAGAUCAUCUCACUCCAGGAGCAAGUAGAGCGAGUUUCCAUGAUGUCAAGCUGCACAGCAGAGGACCUGUUGUCUGAUGAUGAAGCAUUCGAAGAAUGUAAGUGGACUGAGAGAGAAUACCAGCUCGCUGAAUGGGGAUUUCGAAAAUGGAAAUAUCAUCAGUUCACGUCUCUGAGGAACUUUUCUGUCAGGAUUCACCCAACUUGGCCGUUACAGGAUGAUCUCUGGGGCAAUGCUAUAUUCCUGAAGGAAGCUAAUGCUAUUAGUGUUGAGCUCAAGAAGAAGGUUCAAUUCCAGUUCAUACUACUCACGGACACAAUCUACUCUCCUCUACAACCCGAUCUGACGCCCCCUGAAGAACGAGAUGAACCACGGCCAUUCCCUCGGACUGUCGUCGCUGUCGAGGUCCAGGACACUAAGAAUGGCGCUACACAUUAUUGGUCGCUAGAGAAACUAAGGCAACGUCUGGAACUCAUGCGUCAUAUUUACAAUGAAGACCUGUCACCUCAAACCCCUGAGGCGUCGGAAGACCCGUUUAACUGCCUUGCUGGCUGCACGAGUCAAAAAGCCAACGUUUUCAAUUUUUACAACCUGAUUCCGCAGUCAAGGCAACGUCUUGAGCUGAUGCGGGAAAUGUACCACAAUGAGGCUGAGAUGUCACCAACGUCUCCAGAGCCAAACAUCGACAGCAUGACGGGUGGCGAUCCAUUCUACGACAGAUUCCCGUGGUUUAGGCUUGUGGGGAGGGCGUUUGUUUUCCUGAGCAAUCUCUACUACCCUGUUCCCCUGGUACACCGUGUGGCCAUCGUCAGUGAGAAGGGAGACGUCAAGGGUUACAUCCGAGUCUCUGUACAAGCUGUGACUGAGAAUGAAGAGACACCACCUGGUGUCAGACAGUCAGGCAAUGCCAAGAUUAACUUCAACGACGAGGAGUACUUUGCCAAGAAAUGCGGUGUCAAGAUUGGACCCCUCUCCCGUACCAAAGCAGACGUUGCGCCCCAAGAUGAGGUCCGUAUUGUCGAGGGACAGAAAGACGACUUGAGCGGGACUAAUGAAGGAGAAGCUCUUCAAGAAAAAGAGAAGCACGAAGUUGAAAUGGAGGUCGACAAGCUAUGUGACCUUGACCUCGACGACCUUCCUGACCAUCUCCAGAUCGGGCAGACGUUCACAUUCCGUGUGACUGUUCUCCAGGCGUCCGGAAUCUCACCUGAAUAUGCCGAUAUCUUUUGUCAGUUCAACUUCCUGCACCGCCAUGAUGAGGCAUUCUCGACGGAACCUCUCAAGAACACGGGCAAAGGACCACCACUAGGCUUCUAUCACGUACAGAAUUUCACCGUGACUGUCACGAAGGCCCUGAUUGACUACGUCAAAUGCCAGCCAAUCGUAUUCGAGGUAUUUGGCCAUUACAAUGCACAUCCACUUCAUGAACAAGCCCGCGAGGUUCACCAGCCAUACCCUUCAACGACGCGUCCCCCACCCAGGCGUAACUUCCCGAUGACUCUGCCGAUCUCCAACCCCGUACCUUCCCCCAAGCUCGGCCCACUCACCAUGCCCACAUGUAGUAGCCAUGUUCACAACAAGUUCGAUCUGCUCGUCUGGUUUGAGAUCUGCGAGUUGGCGCCAAAUGGAGAAUAUCUUCCAGCCGUCGUGGACCACAGCGAAGAGAUGCCCUGCACCGGUACCUACCUUCUCCACCAGGGCAUCCAACGACGCCUUGCCAUAACCAUCGUCCACGAGAACGGACCUGACCUAAUAUGGCGUGAUGUCAAAGAGCUUGUCGUUGGCCGCAUCAGAAAUACGCCAGAUUAUCAUGACUUGGACAGCGAGAAUUCGGUACUGUCGCUGAAUCUUCUUCCUGCGCACUAUCUUCAGCAACCGAAUGAUGACAGAGUUUUCUUCCGGUUCGAGGCUGCGUGGGACAGCUCGCUGCACAACUCCCCACUCCUCAAUAUGGUGACACCGUACAGUGAGAAGAUCUACAUGACUCUCUCUGCAUAUCUGGAGGUACGCACCACUGUUGAUAACUGUGCCCAGCCAGCGUGCAUCACCAAGGACCUCUGCAUGAUCAUCUACGCCCGUGACGUCAAGAUCAACAUCCCAAGGGGUCGUUUCAGGUCCCUGAGGAAUCUGUUCGGGAGUGGCUACAAGGCGGCAGACUGCAACCGAGUGACCGGCAUCUAUGAGUUGAGCCUAAAGAAGUGUUCAGACGCAGGUGUCCAACGUCGCCAGCGUCGCGUCCUUGAUACAUCAUCACAGUAUGUACGUGGAGAAGAGAACCUCCAGGGCUGGAGACCGCGCGGAGACAGCCUCAUUCUGGACCACCAAUGGGAGCUUGAGAAACUCACACGGCUGGAGAUGGUAGAGAAGGCACGCCACAUUCUGAAUCUCCGAGAGAAGUUAACAGAACAGAACAAGACCCAAGAGCUCAGCAAGCUGGACAAGGAAGCUAGUAACAUGUUCGCCAAGGUUCGGGCGAUGAGGAAGGCUGCGGAAGCUGAUAAGGAGAAGGAUAAUAAAGAUGCUGAAGAGGGUGCCGCUAAGGUACCAAUGUCAGACAGCAUGUUCAGUCUGGAGGGUGAUGGCGAUAGGGAGAAGCAACUGACAACAAGAUGUCUCAAGUUAUUGAUGCAGGGCCGCAUACCGAUUAAUCCUAUACCUCCAAAGCUUCCCAAUGCAGAGAUAGCUGAAACGCCUACAUCAACGGAUGAGAGCGACAUCCAGUCCAGCUCGGAGUCUGAGAGGAUGGCCUGCAGUAUGACCAGUAGUACCAUGUCAGAUCAGCUCUUCAAGCCGAUUUCACCGAGCAAAGAAAUGAAAGAUUUUGUCAAGAAGUCCAAUACAAGUGACAGCCUGAGUACGACUGCGUCUGAGGCAGAGGCGAGUGCACGGAAGAAGUCACUGACGCUCCGUGACAAGGAAGAAGAUGCACCGCUGUAUGUAGCAGACGUCGAGGAGAUCCGCGUCAGUCCGGUUGUGUCGCGGCGUGGAUAUCUACACUUCUUGGAGGAGAAGACAAAUGGAUGGGUGAAGAAAUAUGUGGCUGUGAGACGUCCCUAUGUCUACUUCUACAACAACGACAAGGAUCCUGUGGAACGAGGUUUGAUCAACUUGGCGUCUGCUCAAGUCGAGUACAACGAGGAACAGCAGACGAUGUUGAAGGGUGGCGUUUAUAUCUUUCAGAAUCAUAACACGUUUUCUGUGAUGACGAAACACCGUGGAUUCCUGCUGCAGACCAUCGAAGACAAGGAUAUCCAUGACUGGCUUUACGCGAUUAACCCUCUACUUGCUGGACAAAUCAGAUCGAAACUGGCAAGAAGGAAACAGGCUCUCCAGAUAUAGGACGAAGGACGGAGGAUUUCAUUUUCCGUCUUGACUUCUUCACCCACCUUGUCUUGACAUUGUAACAUUGAGUGUUUGUGGUCAAGUGUAUACCACCAACACCUUGGUUGGCCAUGAUGGACUUGCCCAUCAGUGUCAUUAAUGGACUAAUGGUCCCAUAUUACAUAUUGGGUGUCACGGGUAGCAGAUUUAGUCGCUUGCUCAAAAGGUGGCAGUGCUUUGCACCAGCUUUGCAUUUCGUAUUGGCUUUAUUAAGAAGACUUCUAAAAAUCAUUGUUUAGCAGGAUGUCAUGUUCGGGAUCGUGGAUGAACUUGGAUAACAGUUUGUCUGCUUGUGAAGUAAUGAUUGUGGAUAUAUGUCAUCAUCUCCACUGGGAGGAUCCAUCUAUGGACGGUGUUUUCAAUCUGAACAGAGGCAGGGUGAAAUCUGGAUGAGAGGAUUUACAAUUGGUCAAACAUGUUCAUUGACUUUUGUCCGGGAGUCGACAUUGUUUUGAGGCAUACCCUUGUGAGAAUCAGCUCUGCCUAUUGGAAUGUUGAUACCCUUAUUAGAAUGGUGGCCAUGUUAACCAACUUUCUCAUUUCAUUAAGUUUUUUGGUUUCUUGUUGCAGUACAUAAUGAUCCAGUUCACUUAACGUUUGUGCAGAUCAUCUUGGCUGUUAUACCAACCUGUGUAAAUCUGUGCAAACAUUCUGUGCAGUUCAGUCAGUGCUCAAUUUGUUGACUUUUGUAUGUUAUGGUGUUCCUUGGCAUUGUCUCUACAGUUAUGUAAACAGGUGAUACCUCAUUUUGUAUUUUGUCGACCUUUUUACCAAAUCCCAACGAGCAGGCUAGUCUUAAACACACUUGAUCUCAGUUUCCAUUUUGUGACUAAUUUGCAUUCCUCAUUUUUGAUCCACCCAGCGUUUAAUCGAUGAUUUUUACGAUAACCCACCGAGAUAGUUUGCUUUGUAUGCUUUGUUCUCUAAAUGCUGCCAUCUUUGGUUCUGGUAAAUGGCCAUGGUGGUUUGUUUGGGGUGUUGGCAUAAGACUAUUGGGCGUAGGAAGGCAAACACAUGAUGGGCUACUGUCAGCCCAUGCGGGAGCUGCCCUGGUAUAGCUUACUGAUCCAUGUGAUGGUCAUAGAGCCCGAGAUUUUAGCUCAAAUCACCUCAGACUUGUUGGAACAUUCGAGGCUGUCGUGGCUCCAUCGCUGGUAUAAAGUGUCUAGUCUAAGGAUAGUAACGAGAGGGUUCUAGCUGAGAGUGAUAGGAAAAGGAAAAAGAACAAAUAGCAUGAUCAGAGCACCACCUUUAUAUAAAAUAACGUAGUUAGUCUAAUAAUACUCUGAAAAACUCUGUGAUGUUUGUGGUAUGAAUGUACGAGUUAUACAUAGUCUCACUCAACGAGUUGAAACUUAAAUAUCACUGUGAAUUUGUGAAUUGAACCAUUGAUAAUGUGAUGUUCGCAUGAGCCUGCAAGUCCCAAACAUUUUGGAUCAAAAAUCAACUAUACUCGAACUUGUAUGCGGCAUUUACUUGAGUGAGGCUAUGACAUGUUCUUUCAUCUUUAACUCUCGAUGUUAGUAAUGGCAUCCUCAUCCUGCGUACCUAUUGGACGACUGUCUAUCAUAAUCAACAUAAUGUAUUCCAAGUGUAUAUUAUUUAAAAAGCCAAUAACUGGUUAUAAGUAUAUGAUCAUGAAUUCAUGAAAUAUAUAUAUAUAAAAGAGAUAAUAUAUUUGUAUAUGUUGGUGCAGAUGUAUAUGUAUGUACAUUGUAAGGAUGGAGAAGUAUCAUGGAAAUGAUUAGUUCGAGUUACCAUGGGAACAUGACUUUCUGGGAAUGGGUAUUUAUGCAGUGCAUGGCUUUUAUGCAGUUUGUCAAACUUGUGGCUUUCUAGAAUCGCAGAUCAAAUAUAGAUGUGAAAAUGAAUAGGGAGUUUGAUCGAUCAUGUACAUUUUCCUAAGUGUUGGACUUAUAUUCGAAAGCUUAAAAAAAUUGAGGUGUACUUAGUAUGAGUACUCAGACUUUAUUGAGGACUCUUCUUGGGGCGUCUUUGAAGGCUGUCGAAGAAAUACAGUCGAUUCGCAUCAUUUGGCAGAUCAAGUUUUUUGAUUGGUUGGAAUCUUGCAAUUGGCUUGUUCCUGGUUGAGGUGUGUCCACACGGCUGUGGUGUCCGAUGAGGCCUGCUGUAUAAACGAGGACACGUUUGAUUUCCUUGGUAUUAGGACAUGAUAUGUGUACUGUAGAUAUGUAUAGUGUACUCCAGGCCAAUGUGGACCAGGUUGGCUGUACAUAAUGUACAGUAACUGUAUGGGCAACUUGUUCCAUGUUUGGUAGGCCAAAAUAACUUAUUAUUUUUUGUCUGUGAUAGGACGAUCGAGAUGGUAUAUAGAUGAUGAAAAUUGAUCAAAAGUUUGUGUAGUUGAUGAUGGACAGUAACAAUGUAGUAGGUUGAGAGUGGGGAGGGCUUCUUGCGAUAGCGUAAGAUCAUUUCGGUCCAACAUCCCUCCCCACAUUUGUUAGGAUAGUUUGUCAAUACGGCACAAGAAUACCUACUAGCAUGGGAUCAGGCAUGGGGUCUAGCAUGGGAUAACUCUUUAGGUUUUUCAAUUUCGAUAUCUCUGGAUGAAAAACCCAUGAAUUUUGAGGAUCGUUUUUGAGAGCGAGUAAUGUUACAGAUACAUGUACAUGUAGCAUAAAGUAGGAAGUUUUGCUGGAUGUAACUUCACCUUUCUUUUAAGAAAUUACUUUUAAUAAAACUGCUAUAAAAAGAUGUAUUUAAUAUAGAAUUUGAACAGAUGUAGUCGAUGAAUGGGGUCCUUUUGGUCGAGUGUUAGGCAUGUCAUAUUUGGCUGCCUUAUAGGUUCGUAUAUUCAAAUGUUGAUGCGUUAUUAAGAUUUCGGCCAGCUACCUUACUACAUUAGCCGACAGCUGGAUGAAAUGGCAGUAGAGGUUUCCCCGCUUUGCAAGUGAUCACUGUGACAACAGGGUUAACUCUCUUCCUACCAAACCAGCAUAUUGUAAGAUCACCUGGGAGCCUGGCCUGUGGAGGUGUAAGUUUUGCAAACCCUGUACUUUAAACUUGAGAAUACCACCUGUUCAUGUUAUGUGUUUAAUAUACCACAGAUUUGGUAUACCUGGGUUGCAUUUCCAAUCAAAUAUGUACAUGUACUUGUACAGUGAGUGUGACGUACUGUAAUUAGUAUGUAAAUUGUAUGUCAAAUGUCGGUAUGAAAAUGACAUUUAUUGUCAACUAUUUAUUGAAGGGUUCAUUUUAUUCAAGUUUGUUAUGUAUUUGUUUCAAGAUGAUUUCCCUGUGCUGUGAGUGGUACAUUUUGCCUUGACUAGAACUAAGAGAACGAGACAUAGAACUGUGGAUAUUAUGCAGCUUUAGUAAGGUGAAACAAUCUGAAAGCUUAUCAAGUUUGCAAGUCUCUAUCUAGAAAAGUGGAGAAUUAGGGAUCGGGGGGGGGGGGGGGGGUUAGGGUAUGCAACUUGGGAAAAUUGAAUUCAGAUUGAAUCGAUUUGGCUCUGGAGACAAGAUCACUGGAUACAAUCAAGCAAGUUAUUAUUUGAAUUGGUUCUGAUUUUGUUAUUGUUGAGAUUUUAUUUUACUUUGUGCAAAUAAUGAGCGCAUUUAUGAGAAGGGCAGAAACCCAAGAUCUAAUUUGUAAAUACCGGUAGUUGGAAACGACACGAGGUUUUAGCUGUGAUCAAGAAAAGUGAUGAAAAAAGGUGGAAUAGGUAAUCAGUGUAACCAUAGCAACUGUGCUUGUUAUGGUAGCCAUUUAUGCUGGCAGUUGUUGUUCAAGUUGCCAUGACAACAUUAACAAAGUCAAAUUUUCUUUUUAGAUCUCAGUUUUCUUUUUAUUUAUUACGGCAUUAUAUUCAUUCGACAGAAUUUUUUUAAAAUUUGUUAGUGGGGCUUUUGGCCACAUAUUUGAACAAUGGACUGUCUAGUCCCAUAACCAAUAGUUUGAUUCCCUUUCUUGAGCUAGUUCAUCUGUACAGGCGAGGGAUAUUGAGGUAUGUGAAAGUUUGGUCUAGCUGCUAGGCCUUCAUUACCAGUUCAGGUUGUCUGAAUGAGUUGUCUGUCCUCAACAUAGGACCUUCUUUUUACAGGGAGCUCGGACAAACUUAGGUUAAAAAACUAAUUUAGUUGCAUUUAUUAUGUUAAAGAUAUUUAUUGAGAAGAUGCUAGUCAUAAUUAUCUGUGAUGGGAGCAAGUGACGAAUUGGUAUCUUAGUAGUUGAGAUUUCUAAAUGGUGGCACCACUGACUUGGAAAGAUUUCCUUAUGCCAGUUGGUCUCUUUCCAGGGAAGUGGGGCUGUAAAACUCCUAGAAAUAGAAGUGCCAGUGGUCAAAUAUAUUUCAGCUUUUUAGAUGAGGAUUUUGUAAUUUAACGUUUUGUCAAUUCUGCACGAGCCAAAGUCUUGUCUCUGGUCUUUAACCAAAGCAUGAGUUCAACCAAACGCCAGACAUUCUCCGGUCGUAUUAGUUGCAUAACUGAUAUUCUAAUUUCUGAGACAGUGGCGCCACCAUCUUACAAUGUACUUAUAUAUUGGCGGUGCAAGAUAUUACGCUUCAUAUCCACCAGUAAAUGUCUGUCGUCUACUGUUGAAUCAUAUGUUGUUACUCGUCAUCACUGUCUAACGUAGAUGAAGCCAGAAUCAGAUGAUGUUUCAGUUUGUGCUGAUCUAUGUUCUGAAUAUGUCAUAUAAAAAAUAAAACACCAUGAGCAUGAA